AUGACAAAGGACAAGAUAAUUAUGGACCUUACGGAGACUACCAGUGUCAUAUUCUGGGGCAGUGUAAUCAUUGGAUAUUUGUCUGUUGGCAUCCUUGGCUUUGCUGCUGUCAAGGUCUGGAAUAGAUGGAAACUGCGGCACCAUGAAAGAGAACAGCAACAGAGUCCAGAUGAACAGAGACCAGAGAAACACGUGGUUGCUGAUGAGACAGAAGAUGAAGAUGAUAUUCCGGAUGGAGCUCUGUGUGUGUGCGCCUUGACCGUGGAAUGUGAGGUUAACCCUAAGUGUCCUGUUUGUCUCCAGAGCAUUAGAGGAUCUAUGCGCGUAUACUAUGAAUGUUAA